AGUCUGCAGCGAAUCCAGCACACACUUCGCUACGCUUACUGCAAAAAUGUUAAUUGCCUUGGAUAAGACCAUGAGUAAGUGAAGAGAAUGCUGCUUUUGCAGUAUUAUAGCUUGGAUCUAGGACUUAAAAAUAGGCCUAAGCAUAUGCACUGAACUGCAGGAUAUCUUCUGCCAUCCUUACAUAUGAUUCUGAGACAGACAAGAUCCAAGUGGUCUGUCAGUGGAUGUCCAAAGCAUGUACUUACUUCUCUUUAUUCUACUUCCAGGCUCAAUCACUAAACAGAAUGUGUUGUAUUCCAGCAAGGCACAUUGUAACCUCAAGCUUGUGAGAAAAGCAUGUGCAGAAACCUAAAUACAAACCUGGCUUUAGACCUCUAAUGCACCACUUAAUAUAACACUAAAACAAUUUAACAAUUUGGUAAAAAUAUAUUUAUGCAAAACUUGAGAUGAACAACUUGUCCUGAGCCCUGAGUUAUCUUGCAUAUAUGGUAGGAAAAUGCAGCAGGUGUACAGUACUGACUUCACCUGGUAGCAGAGAAUAAGAGAGCUCUAAAGCUCUUCAAGAGACUUAGCAGUUUGGAAACUGGACCUUCUGUUUUGUUGCCUUUUCCUGUCUUUCCCUAAUGAAACACGUGAGCUGAAAAGCUUAAGUCAGUACAGAUAUUGAAACUCACACUUAAAAAAGCUGCUUUAAGUUUCAAAAUUUGUUCAGAGUAGUAAUGUUAAUAAACUGAAAGUAAAUGGAAUGGUGACAUGUUGGUGUGGUUAAGUUUUGUGGUUAUAACCACUGUUACUGUUAGUGUAUCAUUUCCUUCUCUGAGAAUUUGCAUCUGCACAAAAUUGAGCAAAUACAACUGUUUUAGUGAGUGUGGUUAACAAAUUUCACAUUCAGGGAGUAAUUUAGUCUUAUAAAAUUGGCUGUGCACAUUGUAAUUAUUUUUUUAAAUUCAAACGCGUGAUUAUCAUAUAUGCAAUUCUUAAUCAAACAAAAUAAUGGACAGCAUGAUCAAAAUGAUCCUUGUCUACUUGAAAAUUAAUUACUUGUCCAUUGUUUCCUGCAGGUGGUUGGAUGAACGGCACACCCAGUCUCAUUCCAUCCCAGCUUUAUUCAGACCAUCUCCUCUUGAGAGAAUUAAAACAAAUGUAAUAAACCCUGCCUAUGCUAUAGAACCUGGUCAAACAGAGAGCUCAUUGCACAUGGGUUAUACUGCCCUGGAAAUAAAGAGUAAAAUGCUGGCAUUGGAGAAAGCAGAUAUGUGUAUCUAUAAUCCUUUGUUUGGAUCUGACCUUCAAUAUACCAAUAGGGUUGACAAGGUGGUAAUAAAUCCAUACUUUGGCCUUGGAGCCCCGGACUAUUCAAAGAUUCAGAUUCCUAAAAGAGAAAAGUGGCAACGUAGCAUGAGCAGUGUCACAGAGGACAAGGAACACCAGUGGGUAGAUGAUUUCCCUCUUCACCGCAGUGCUUGUGAAGGCGACUCUGAUUUACUAAGCCACCUUCUGGAUAAAAAGUUUUCUGUUAAUCAGUUGGAUAGUGACCACUGGGCACCAAUCCAUUAUGCAUGCUGGUAUGGAAAAGUUGAAGCCACUCGAAUGCUAUUGGAGAAAGGGAAAUGCAAUCCAAAUCUUUUGAAUGGUCAGCUUAGCUCUCCUCUUCAUUUUGCUGCUGGAGGUGGGCAUGCCGAAAUAGUACAAAUUCUACUAAAUCAUCCAGAAAUUGACAGACACAUUACUGAUCAACAAGGAAGAUCUCCGCUGAAUGUCUGUGAAGAGAACAAACAAAAUGAGUGGGAAGAAGCUGCAAAACUACUGAAGGAAGCCAUAAAUAAACCUUAUGAAAAGGCACGGAUUUAUCGUAUGGAUGGGUCGUAUCGCUCUGUGGAGCUGAAACAUGGAAACAACACAACUGUCCAGCAAAUAAUGGAGGGCAUGCGCCUGUCUCAAGAAACUCAGCAGUACUUCACCAUCUGGAUCUGUUCUGAGAACCUCAGUCUCCAGCUGAAGCCAUAUCACAAGCCUUUGCAGCAUAUUCGAGACUGGCCUGAAAUAUUCACUGAACUGACAAACUUAGAUCCUCAAAGGGAAACUUCACAGCUUUUCCUGAGAAGGGAUGUGAGACUUCCACUGGAAAUAGAAAAAAAGAUUGAGGAUCCAUUGGCUAUUCUUAUACUUUUUGAUGAGGCCAGAUAUAAUUUACUGAAAGGUUUUUAUACAUCACCUGAUGCAAAGCUAAUUACACUGGCAAGUUUGCUUCUACAAAUAGUCUAUGGAAAUUAUGAGAGCAAGAAACAUAAGCAGGGCUUUCUAAAUGAAGAAAAUCUUAAAUCUAUCGUACCAAUAACUAAACUAAAAAGCAAAGCUCCUCAUUGGACAAACAGGAUACUUCACGAAUACAAGAAUCUCAGCACCAGUGAAGGUGUCAGUAAAGAGAUGCAUCACCUUCAGCGCAUGUUCUUGCAGAAUUGCUGGGAAAUUCCUACUUAUGGAGCAGCUUUUUUCACAGGACAGAUAUUCACCAAAGCAAGUUCAAGUAGCCAUAAAGUCAUCAAAGUGUACGUUGGAGUAAAUGUAAAAGGCCUGCACCUCCUCAACAUGGAAACAAAGGCUUUACUCCUCAGCCUAAAGUAUGGUUGCUUUAUGUGGCAGUUGGGAGAUGGAGAUACGUGCUUUCAAAUCCACAGUCUGGAAAACAAAAUGAGCUUUAUUGUGCAUACCAAACAGGCAGGACUCGUUGUAAAACUCCUGAUGAAAUUAAAUGGCCAGCUAAUGCCAACUGAAAGAAACGAGUGAUGGAAAUGAACAGUAGUUACGAGAUGGCAUCUGAUGGCUGAGCAAAAAACAACUUGUUCCUCCUCGUAACAGGACUUCCAUGUACAUGAAUUUUACACAAUAGAAAAGUCAAUUUGUACAGUUUUUUUAACUUUGUACAGAAGCUGCAUGGUUUAUUUUUUUAAAAAAACUAUACAACAUAUCUAUUAUUUUUAUAAAUAUUUUUGUGUUUCAUAUAUUAACUAUUGUAGGGCUUGAGCUUAACCAAUAAAGCUGAUGAAAUCUAAAUGGUUUACCGAGUUCGAUGAGCAUGAAUCCAGUAAAGCUUUUGUUCCCAGAGAAAUAUGGGACUACCAGUGCCAUUAAGCAAGUCUCAGUUAACCUAUUUACCUUUUGUGUUGUUGCGUGGAACAUCAGAGAGGUGGCAUAUGUUGCAGUAUUUUGUAGACACCAUGUAUUUUUAAGAUACUAUUGAUAAAUAUGCUUAAGAGACCAGUUAGACCAGUUAGACUGUUGAGCAACUACUUUUGAUAAAAUCUUGUUUUUUAUUUGGUUUCUGACAAACAUUUGAGCCCACUUUAUUUUUACUCUUAACUUUCUCGUACUUUGUAUUCAUAUUUAUUCUAAAGUACUGCAUGAGGAUGCCAAAAGGGAAAUACUUUAAAUCAUUCAGAAGCCAUAUUGAAUGUUUAGCAUGCUUGUUUUGUAAAAUGGAUUUUUACUUUUGCUGUGCAAUAUAAACUGUAUGUACGGAGGAGAGGGAGACAGGGAUUUACAGAUGAACCUUACUCAGAGGACUUCAGAAAGUUUAAUAAAUCUUACCCUGGAUUGCAACACAUAUGCAGUAACAAAAACUCAUACAGGAGGUACUAAGUUAUUUCUCUUAAAUAAUUUUCCUACUGAUUAAUUCAGUUUCUUCAGGCUAAAAGCAGUGCAGGAUGCAGGAAUGAAGAUGACAAGGAAGUCAGAUACAGUUUGUAAGCAUUCUGCCUGCUCUUUGUAGAGUCAGGGUUGGGGCUCAACAAGUUGGGUCCCAAGAAAUGUAAGGUGGGAUCCUAUGCAGUCUGAAACAUAUCCUUGUACAUUAAAAUAGUAUUUGUAACACAAAUCUUUGAAAUUUCUGGUUGUAUUUCAGGGUUUUAAGUGCACUUGACUAUUUCUUCCGUGUAAACUGCAUGCUAAAACAGUGUGCAAUAUUUUGUAAAAAAAAAGCUUUUAUAAAAAAAAAUAAAAAUUAGCACUUGCCUCUAAGUUUUCAAAUAAAAGCUAAAAUGAAUGUGAAGAACUGUGCUGUUGUAUAGUACCUUUACUUAUACCUUACUAGUAACUGCAGUUUAAGAAAUUAAAGUAGUAAGCCGUUAAAAAAGUGAACAGGAGAUUUGUAUUUUGUAUUCUUCUUAGCAAGCUGUACUUUUCUACUUAAACUUCACCGGCCUAAAUAAUGGUAAAUAUUCAUGGAUUGUUAUGCUUUAUUUAAGGUAAAUAAUGCAGCAGUCAGAUCCUUCGUCAUGCAUCUCUGCUAUCACUUGGCACUGGUAUCAGAAAUACAUUUCUCUACAUAGCACUUUCUUAGAAAACUAGAGGAAAAUGUUAGAAAGGUGUGUCAGUUGCCUAUAUAAUAUCAAUAUGCCUUACUGCUGUGUAGUCCUUUCUGCUAAAUUCUUAUUUAUUACUACCUAAUAAAUUGUUUGCAACAAGUCA